CGUCAGUAAACAGCCAGCGGGUGAUUGCGUGGGAAUUAGCUUCCAACAUGUGCCCCGUUAGCAACUACACCGUGCAGUAUGAGCUCAUUAACAGGGAUCAGUGUCAACAAGUUUCUGAUACGUUUAUGGAUGUAGACACAACAGAAACAUUUCAGUUUGUCUUACAGGAGUCCGAUCUUGAGUCAUCGAUGUUCGUCCCUUAUUCAACCUACAAGAUCCGAGUCAGGGCAAGAAAUGAAGCCGGCCUCGGACUCUACCUGAAUGACGUUAUUAAUGAUGAGUUCAUUACAGCGGAACGAGCACCCUCAGCACCUCCUGCAAAUGUAACCCAUCUCAAUGUCACAGACGUUGGCGCCAUCUUCCAGUGGGAUGAGGUUCCAUGUGGCAGUAGAGGAGGCAUCAUCGAAUACAGCUACGAACUCACAAAGUCAAACGAAACGUCUAUGAUUGAAGAAAUGUCGGCAAGAUCUCUUAUUUUCAUCAACCUACACCCCUGCAGUGAUUACACAUUCAGAGUGGCGGCCAGGACGAGUGUUGCUAUUGGAGUAUACAGUAACGAGACGUCUUUUUCCACAGAGGCUAAAGCUCACACUCCUGUUGAAAAUCUUUCCACCAAUGAAACUGAGAACACGCUGGCAGUUACAUGGGACGCAACUGACGUGACUGAAAAUCCCUGCAGUCUACUCUACAAAAUAGAAUAUGAGUUGAUCAACAGAGACCAGUGUGAGCCAAUAAGCUCCCCUGUACGCUCUGCGGGUGUCAACCAAACCACACCUGGUAUCACCUUGGAUGGUUUGGAUGCCUACUCUACGUACACCGUCUACGUCUGGACAUGGAGCGAAGCUGGAUUAAGCGAAGAGCGUUCAUUGAAUAGUACAACAGCUGGUAAAAUACCCUCUGCACCUCCUGGUAAUGUAACGCACCUCAAUUUAACUGAAAUUGGCGUCAGCUUUCAGUGGGACGAGGUGCCGUGUGGCAGUCGAGGAGGGGCCAUCGCAGAAUACAGCUACGAAUUGAUGACAUCAUCUGGCAACGGAAAUAGAAGUGAAACGACGACCGAAAGGUCGUUGAGUUUCAAUGAUCUUCUCCCGUGCACCGAGUACAAAUUUAAAGUUGCGGCCAAGACAAGGCUUGGCACCGGAAUUUACAGUCAAGAGAUAGUGUUUAUCACAUCAACUAAAGCUCAUCCUGCUGUUUCAAAUCUCAGCACCACUGAAAAGGAUGACGCCUUGGAGGUUACAUGGGACGCGACCGACGUGACUGAAAACCCCUGCAGUCUACUCUACAAAAUAGAAUAUGAGCUGAUCAACAGAGACCAGUGUGAGCCAAUAAGCUCCCCUGUACGCUCUGAGGGUGUCAACCAAACCACACCUGGUAUCACCUUGGAUGGUUUGGAUGCCUACUCUACGUACACCGUCUACGUCUGGACGUGGAGCGAAGCUGGAUUAAGCGAAGAGCGUUCAUUGAAUAGUACAACAGCUGGUAAAACUCCAGAUGAAUCUCCUGCAGGAUUUGAAUUGGUGGACAAGACGAAAACCAGCAUCGCAGUCUCCUGGACCACUGUCCCAUGUGGGAACAGGAAUGGAGACAUCACUGGCUAUUGGAUGAGGUACAAAACUCUGGACAAACCCUAUGACAAGUCUUUCGACCCGAGCCAGGAAAAGUACACCGAAGAAAAUCUCUCAAUCUUUGAGAAAAACGUGACAGGAUUGGAACCAUCCACACAGUAUGAUAUUCAAGUAGCUGGCCUUGUUCUUAUUGGUGGUGAUGAGGUAGUCGGACCAUAUGCAACGAUGAAGAUAUACACUUCUGUCGAGACAGAUAUUGAGAAACCUAAAGAGCCAACUGUUGAUACCUCCCUAACGACUUCUUCAACGGUCACCAUUGCACUAACCCCUCCAGCUGUUUCGACCUACGUUACGGACUUCCAGAUUGGUGUGCUUCUCAUCACACCCUCAACAGAAGGGAACAAAAAGCGCAGGGAUGUGUCACCUGAUCUAUACGUGGCAGGAGAAUUCAGUAAGGACAACCUCCCGGAAACUUUCCAAGUUGGCGAUGACCAGAUGUAUGGAGAAUAUCGCAACAAGCCCCUGGAGAGUAGCGCUGUGUACGACAUUUACCUUGGUGCAGUCAGCAAAACAACCAACCAGGAGGCUGCCAUAGCCUGGGGUGAUCCAAGCAGAGUGGAAGUGGGUUCUGGCGAUAUUGAUCCUGGUUCCUUCCCCGUCGCAGCUGUGAUUGUUCCCAUCCUGGUUAUCAUUGUCGUUGGUGUUGUUGCAGGGGGACUCUUUCUCAAGAGAAGAGCCCACCAAGACAAGCAGUCAGAUUCAGAGGGACUUCAAGUGGAUGAAAUAAAAGAGGAAAAACAGAGAUACACUUCCACACACAGUGCCAAAGAUAACUUCGCGUCUGUAGAUGAAGGUAUUGCUAUGAUGGCAACAACAUCAAUUAAUCAUCCUCCAUCACCUGCGAAACCCAAACCAAGAAAGAAGACAUUCAGAGCACCCACCGCUGUAUCGCUGACAGAAUUUGAAGAAUUCAUCCAAAAGAAGAAAGCUGAGACAGUCAAGGAGGGAAAUGGGUUCCUCUGGGAUUUUAAGAACUUACCUGAUGAAGUCCUGUACUCUUGCUCAGUGGCGAAAGAGGAAGAGAAUAAAAAGAAAAAUCGCUACGCCAACAUCAUUCCAUAUGAUGACUCUCGAGUUAUUCUUGAAAAACUUGCCAACGAUCCUACCUCGUCGGAUUAUGUCAACGCUUCUUAUAUUGAUGGAUUCGACGCCCCCAAGCAAUACAUAGCCACUCAAGGUCCCAACACUGCCUCUGUUCCUGACAUGUGGCGGCUGAUUUGGCAGGAGAACUGUACCAAGAUAGUCAUGCUCACCAACCUAGUGGAAGGUGUUAAGGGGAAAUGUGACCAGUACUGGCCGGACACAACACUUAGCUAUGGAAAGAUAACCGUCUCGCUUGUCAAGGAGGUUAAGCGCGUUGAUUACAUCAUCCGAGACUUCAUUCUCAGCCAUGAAGCAGAGAAUCAACAAUCGCGGAAGGUUCGCCAGUUUCACUACACGACCUGGCCGGAUAUGGGCUUACCUCAGGACCCCAGCAAGGUGGUAGAUCUGGUGAAAAUUGUGAAGGAAUACAGUCCAAACAGCUGCGAACCCAUGGUGGUCCAUUGCAGUGCUGGGGUUGGCCGGACCGGUACCUUCAUUAUCUUGGACGCCAUGUUGGAUCAGGCUAAGGCAGAGGGCAAGGUGGACGUCUGGAACUUUGCCCGUGGGAUGAGAGACAGACGUAUGAAGAUGAUUCAGACCUCGGCCCAGUACGAGUUCAUCUUUGAUGCCUUAUUGGAUGAAUUCCAGUGCGGGGACAAAACCAUUAAGUCGGAGGAGUUACGCUCCAAACUAUCUGCUCUAAAGAAGAUCCAAGCGAAGAGCCAUAAGACUGGGAUCCAACUGGAGUUUGAGAGCCUUGACAAGUUGGCCAGCCAUACUUCAACCUCAUCAGACCAGUACAGAGGAGGUCAGGACCCAGACAACGUUGAUAAAAACCGCUUUCCAGAAAUAGUGCCUGUGGACCGCUUAAGACCACGUUUGAUGACUGCUGGUGGAGCUGGAACUACGGACUACAUCAACGCUUCUUUCCUAAAUAGUUACAGCGCUAAGAGUGGAUACAUAACAACCCAGAUGCCAUUGCCUCAAACGGUCGGUGAUUUAUGGAGAAUGGCUUAUGACUACAACGCAACUUUUAUCGUCAUGCUCAACAGCAUGGAUGACAAGACAUUUGCCGACUAUUUGCCAACCAAGGAUGAGCCCAGUACAGUUGGUCCUCUGAGUGUCACCUUAGAAUCUACCGACCAAUUGGAGAGCGGCAUCACAAUGCGCAAGUUGAAACUGACCAACCAAAAGAUGAAGGAGUGCCGUAAGAUUUGUCAUCUGCAGCUCUCUGAUUGGCCUGAUGUGAGUGGGGUACCAGCCUCUCCCAUAUCAACACUACAAGCAGUGACCGCAGUGCACCAGUGGCAGAAGGACCAUGGAAAUGAAGACCGGAUUGCCAUUCAUUGCAUUGAUGGAGUUCGAGCCAGCGGUACUUUCUGCGCUCUGCUGAACAUCAUGGCUAAGCUGAAGGACGGAAACGUUGUGGACGUCUACAGAGCCGUCAUGAAAGUUAAAGGCACCCGAGCUGGGAUGGUACCCACACUGGAGCACUACAGCUUUCUGUAUGGAGCAGUGCAGAACCACUUGGAUACCAACAUCGUGUAUGAAAACCUGUAAGGUUUGUCAAGUCAAGUGGGAUAUCAGUAAUAUUCAGGGUUGUAGCGCGACUAAUUUUAGUGGUGGGCAAUGAAUCAAAUUUGUUUAAGUCCACCGAGGGUGAGCGAAUCAACAAAAUUAUUAAUGUUUUUAUGGGGUCAUUAUUGCUAAAGUUCAGACAUGAUGCCAGGUUUCCAAACUGUUUGUGUUGGGGGCCCUGCAAUGACUUGAAUGGCCUUUUGAUUGCGUUCUUUCUCUGUGAUAUUUGGUACUCCUUUUCAUGAGCAUUGCUCAGAUCAAUGCACAAUGGUCAAUAUUGUUAAAUAUUUCGUUGGGGGCGGCACAAUGCUUUUUGCUAGGCAAAAAUUGUAAGGCCCACUGUGGCUACAACACUGUACAGACAUGGAGAAGUGUUUUUAGGAAUACUAUGCAAAAUUAAAUCAAAUUAUUUUGUGUGUUCAUUUUAUUUUUGUUUUUUUGUGGGUUCGUACCCCCGUUCUGAGAUCAUUUGACGUAUUGCCAUUUAUUUACAACUCAUCAGCGAUUUCUUAUCUUUACGAUAAGUCGUUUACUAGUUUCUGUUUAAGAAUGGAAUGGAAGGUAUGCCAUGCCAAAGGUGUUGUCUGACUUCACAACUUUUUAAGUAAGUAGCAGAUAUCCUCUCCUGUUUAUGUGUGCUCCAAGGUUUGUCAAGUUUACUAGGGAUGUGUGUUUGGACCUGGAAAAAAUAGUUAUUACUCGUUAGCAAUUUUUUAAUACCGGCUCUUUAUCAUAACAUUGUUGAUAAUAAUAUUGAUGAUAAUAAAAAAUACUGCAGAUUAAUAACACUGAUUAUUUAAUAAUUCUGAUACUUAGCACCGGCAUCUGCUAAUUGUGACACUCAUUGUGCGUGAAAAAUAUAUAUAACACUGGUUAGGGCAACUUUUUUCAUUCCCUAAGAAAUCUCGGCUGUCUGUGGAGUAUACACAGCCUGUGCUGCCAAGUAUGUAGUGCGCCAAGCUAAGUCAACCACAAAAACCAUAUCUGCCCUAUUACCCCCUGAAUGAAGAGAAUCGUGCCGUGGCUGAGCGGUCUAGUUUUCUGGACCAAAGCUCUGGUGUUGCUAGCAGUAGAGUGUGGUUUCAAUACCCGGUCAAGACAUUUAUGCCCUUGAGCAAGCACGUGGCCAUAAAUGCUUCAUUAAAAGUUGGGAAGUUUGUGCAUUCUGCUUUACCAGCCAGGCUUGCUAACCACACAAAUGGUCUCUGGAUGUUCUUCCAAACAGCAUCAAAGACUGUCCUACACUAGAACAGUUCAGAGCACAACUUCAGGCAAAUUCUGGUGCACCCUCCAGAAGCGCAUACAUUGUACAGGUUUUUGGUAAUGAUUUUAAAGGAUUUGGGUACUUUUUGUAACACAAAACACAAUGUCCACAGAUU